UCGUUUUAGCCAUGAUGACAGUGCUGUAUGAAACGUUUUCUUGCAUGGAUCGCUUCUGAUAACCUGAUUUUAAUUAGGUGGCACUGUAUAGUAAAUGCGACUUUAUGUUUGGUUAACAGAUGUUGGACCCAGGACAACCUGGAUGGGCCAUGCAUGUAUUAUUUUAAACUGUGCCACUUGUGACUUUGCUCUACUGAAACAUUAACACAAAAUGAAACUAUGAUCAUGGAGAGGACAUGGUUAGACUUGGCAACAAGAGCAUGUUGGCACAUCUGGGAGUCAGACAACAAUUUCCUUUAAAACACUUCCUCGACAACAACGAACACGAUCGGUGUAAAUUAAAGGCCAAUUCACAUCAAACUAAGCUCACAAUAGCUGGACCCCGGGGAGGGUUAAUUUGCUAACUUUCAAAACAACUGCAGGAGUAACAUCGGAUUGAACAAGGUCAUGCGUGUGAUCAUCAGAUCUCUUUAGAUUAGCAGUUGGGGUUCGUUAUAGUGAGCCAGAAACAGUCCUGUCCCUUGCCUUUUUUGGGGUGGAAGAACCCGUUCCUGGUCACCCGAGACCUGUUUGUUGAGAACAGGUUGCCAUGGCGUCCUCUUCAUUCGACACCAGAGGUAUCGCUCUUUGUCCAUGAAGUUGCACCAGGUGGUGUGUUGCCUUGGGAACACAUCCUUAGAGGAUUCCAACAGGUGCACAGGGUUUUAGGGCUCUCCCAGAACCACACCUGAAACCUCUGCCUCUACUUUACACAUGAAGCAGCUGUGUCUUCUUCACGUUUUUCACAGGUUGGGAUUUUAUCUUUUGUUUGGAAUUAAUGUAUUGAAACGUAUGACAAGGAGACCAGCAUUAAUUUUAGCAAUAAAGCGAAAACCCAUGACGGCAUAACGCAGGCGGAGAGCAACGGAGACAGAGAAGAGUGACCUCUUUGUCAGUUCAACUGGACAGAGAAUAAAGAUGCAGCACAUGGUGGCAAAAAUAAGGCGUCACUUCAACACUGCCUACAUCACUGCAGUCAUUCUGUUUGGAUUUCUUGUGUCAUUCAAUGAAGACGUUGCCAUGGCGAUGGUGGUGACCUCCUCUGGGCCCCAGACUCUGCAGAAGGCCCAUGGGGACGCUGUGACCUUGGGGUGCACAUACUCGCCUGGGCCCCUGGACAUGGGGGAUCUGGAUAUUGAGUGGUCUGUCAUCAGCCCUGACACCACCCAGAAAGACCAGCUGGUGCCUGUCUGGCAGGUUAUCUCCUACACAGGUGGGAGGAAGUAUGUCCAUAGCAACCCUGCGUUAAUGACGGGGCUGGACUUUGCUGCAGGAAACCCGGCGAACGGAGACGCGUCCCUCUCCAUCAGCGCUGUCUCCGCUGCCAACAGCGGCAUCUACCAGUGCAAGGUGAAGAAAGCACCAGGGGCGGACAUGCGCAAAAUCUCCCUGGUAGUCAUGGAGCGUCCAUCUGCACCCAGGUGCUGGGUUGAGGGGGGCGAGGCCGUGGGGGGGCCGCAGUCGCUCCACUGCAGGUCUGCCCAUGGGACCCCUCCGUUGGCCUACCAGUGGAAGAGAGAGAUCGGAGGGCCAAUCCCCUCUGCAGCUACUCAGGAGUCUCUGACAGGGGAACUGAAGAUUAGUAAUCACUCUGAAAGCUUUGUUGGGAUCUACACCUGUCAGGUGAGCAACGUUGUGGGAAAAGAACACUGCAAGAUCAACCUGCGGGCCCUCAAACCGCCCAGUAAAGCUGGCAUUGUGGGCGGGACGGUGGUGGGGGUCCUUCUGCUCGUCAUCAUCCUCCUGAUCGUCGUCUGGCUAGUGGUCUACAGGCGGCAGCCGCGCUACGACAAGGAAGUGUCCAAUGAGAUCAGAGAGGAUGUCCCGCCCCCUGAGAGCCGUCCAACCAGCCGCGUCUCCAGCCACCACAGGGGAGUGGCCUACAGUCCGGUGGGUGGAGCCUCUCAGCUGCCGUCCUCCUCGAGCACAAGCUUCUCCGCCACCAAGUACGAGUACGACAGCCGCUUUGGCUACGCCGUCUGAGCGGACUGGGUUCCCGAACUGUUCUCUGACCGUUGGGUCACCAGGACUACCACUGCUCACUCCGUCUGACAGGUCAAAGGUCAACCACCGGACACUCUGCCAAUCAGGUCCAUGUUUUGCCAUGGUAAAGGUCUCAGGAUGUGAUGUAAACUCCUACACUCCUGGACAUAGGAGGUCUGUAUGGUUUUAAAGCAACUUACCAAACACGUUUUUGAAUACAAUAUUACAUACAAUAGUACAACACAAAGUGUAUAUCAAUAUCCAAUACCAAUAGUGUGAAUGUGUUCAUUUGCCUUUAUCAGAACAAUCCCAUAGUAAUCUAGGAGAGUAUCUAACUUUAUUGCGUGUCAAUAAAGAAUAUUGACUUUCAUGUAUAUUUUUGUUUGUAUUUGAAUGCAUUGUAAAUAGAUUUUACAUUCUUGAGUAAA